AUGCCGGAGGGGGGCCUUCUCUCCGCAGCCCCGGCGCCGCCUGCGGAGUUGGGGGAGCGCGCGUGUGAGGGCGCGAACCGCCACGGCGACGCGGCAGCACCUGAGAGGAAGACGCCGUGGGAGUGGACCACGGGCCCUGCGGCUGGACUAUCGCCCCAUGGUGGGGCGGAGGAGGAGGAGCAGGGGACGCCGCGGUUGGCCGCUGCGCCGCCAAGUGAGGAGGCGGCGUUUCGCCUCGGCGGCGUCGGCGGCGUUCCGCCAUCGCAGGCGGCUGUCAACAAAAUGGCGACGGAGUCAAGUGACGCGACGGCGAGGACGCAAGCAAAAAAUUCGCUUCUCCCGUUGGUGGAGGACGCGCGGGUACGCGGCGAAUUCGUCUCCUUCUUGCACCGCAAGUUUGAAGAGGCCUAUUCCCUGGCCUUGGAGCAGGCGAGACAGCACCACCUGCGCGCCUGCAGCGAACCCAGUGGCGAGCUGCUUGCCUUCCGCCGUGCGCAGCAGACCACGCACCAGGAAGAGUUGGCGCAGCUGCGGCAGAAGUUAGAGACGGAGUUUCAGGAGGAGCGACGACAGCAGCGGCAUCGCGCGUACGAAAGGUGGGUGCAGGUGUUGUUAACGCGUAAACGGGAGAAGGAAACGGAAUACAAACGUGCGCUGGAGCAUUACUACACCCACCGCGAAGGCGAGCGUCCCGCGCCCCGCAUCUUCAGCGCGCGUGACGGCGCAACGCGGACACACUUUGGCUCUGAUGAGGAGGCCGCACUGCGCACACCUGCGGCGGCCAUGGCGGAAGAUCAGGUGGUGUGCCUUCGUCGCGUGUUACGCCGACUACAACAAGAGAUGAAGAAAGCCAGCGAGCACGCGCAGCGUUGUUUAUUGCAGCGUGAAGUGUCAGUUUCUGCUGCGAAAGCCCGUGUUCAACAACGGUACCUUGGCCUCAUUGCAGAGCAGCAGAAUGAGCUCAAGAUGCUCCACUAUUGGUACAGGGAGAUACAUAGGUUGGAACUGGAUGCCGAAGAGCGUAUUGCGGAGUGGGAAGAGCAGCGCCGACGGCGACAGCGGCAUCUGCAGUCUGAAGAGGGGAAUCAGCUGUUGUCCAGCACGAGUGGCGGUGGAGGUAACGAUGCUGGGAAAGGCGGAGCUGCGGUGACUGCGGGGAGUCCCGUUCUCUUUCGAGGGGGUCUAUUUGAUUUUUUGCUAUGA